AUGGCGUUUGGUAGAUCCGGGGAUCCAUCACAAGGCAAUCAGUCCGCGGCGACGCGGGACUUGGCGAUCAAGGGAUGGACCAACUCGAAACUCGCAUCCACACCAGACCAGGGAGUUGCCUCGCUACUGGUGUUCCUCCGCAAGAAGUCUGGAGAUCGCCAAAUAUUGUCCAACAAAGUCGUCGGCCGCGCGAGCAACGUCCUCAUCAUCACCGUCUAUGAAAACGACAAAGAUCGAUUUUACCAUUUAAACAAUUUCCAGUGGGCUGGCAGUACUCUUACUGUCGAGGACUCAAGAUCACCCACCAACAAUAUCAAUCGAUUCCAGCAAAACCAGGCCCAUGACCGGUCUCCAAAUCACCACCCUCCCUCUCAACCAUCUCAGCCAUCAAGAUCUGCCUUUGGCCAGAAUGGCUCAACACCACACGGUCGUUACAACCAGCUACCCAGCGGACCUCGAGGCGGCGGAAACACUCACUACAACCAACCUCGAAACAACACACGCAUUGGUGCACAGGAUAACAGCAAUAAGAACGACCCUCUCACAAACGAAGUUGAAAAUACCAUGAUCUCCGUCCUACGCAGACGCUACGACCCUUCUCUGAAACUCCUAAGUCUUAACGCCCUCGGUGCCGAUGAGGAACUCCUACAAAUACCUGGAAUACUCGGUUCAGAUCCUGCGAAAGUCUUUGAGGCUAUCUUUACUCUCUGCAAAACCAAAAUUUUCGAAACCCCCAGCAAACGUGACGAGUCGGUCCACAGCAUUACACUUAGCGACAACGGUCUUGACACGGUGGAACAGAUCAUGUCUUUGUCAAGAACCUUUCCGCGCCUCCGAAAUCUCGAUCUCGGCAACAACAAACUUGCGAGCAUGGAUUCAUUGAAGUAUUGGAAGAACCAAUUUCGUGAUCUGGAGCAUUUGAUCUUGCAGGGCAACCCGGUCAACGAUCUCCCAGAUACAUUGCCGACCCUGCGGCAGUGGUAUCCAAAGCUGCAGUUGUUCAACAACCUCCCCGUCGGCGACAAUCAACCCAUAGCGCCCAAUGUCCAACAGCCGCCCUUCCAAGCCAACCCACCAUUGCCUCUCCCGGCACAAGCAGUACCGGUGGUGGCCGGCCGCCUGCCGCACCCCGAGAUACCGGCAGACUCUCUCUUUGGCAUUCCCCAAGCAGACAAGCCUGCAGAAAUCCUCGAACGCGAGAAGAUGGGGUUGCAGUUCAGUUUCGAGACGAAACUGAGGCUGGCUGCGGUGGAGGAGUGCCUCAUUGCCAAUAACUGGAACUACGAUCUAGCCAUGAAGAACUUCAUGGAGCUGAAAGCGCAAGGCGCUAUACCGGCGGAGAAGUUUAUACCCGGUGUUUAG